AUGGCAGCGCGCUCGCGGAGACCUUGGCUGAGCGUGGUGCUGGGGCUGGUGCUGGGCUUCACCGCCGCCUCUUGGCUCAUCGCCCCCCGGCUGGCCCAGAUGAGCGAAAAGAAGCGGCGCGGCGCCAGCCUCUGUUCCUACUACGCCCGCGCGGCAGGGCCGGGGGCGGCCGGGGGCGCCGUCGCGGCGGGCGGGCAGUCGGUGGCUGCGGCGGUGCUGGGCAGCACGGGCGUGCGGAGCAGCCCGUGGGAGCUGCCGGCGGCGGAGGAAGGCACGGUGUCCAGCCCCGCCGCCGGCAGGGAAGCGGAGCCUGAGGAGGAUGAGGAAGGCGGCGAGAAGCGGAGCGGGCGGCUCGGCGGCAGCCGCAACGGGAGCGGGGACUGGGGAGAUGCGGCGGGCUGCGCCAAGCCCCGCAACUUCCUCUACGUGGGCGUAAUGACGGCCCAGAAGUACCUGGGCAGCCGGGCAGUGGCGGCGCAGCGGACGUGGGCGUCCUCGGUGCCGGGCCGCGUGGAGUUCUUCUCCAGCCAAGGCUCGGCCGCGCCCCCCGGGCUUCCCCCGCUGCCCGUUGUCGCCCUGCCCGGCGUGGACGACUCCUACCCGCCUCAGAAGAAAUCUUUCAUGAUGAUCAAGUACAUGCACGACCACUACCUGGACAAAUACGAGUGGUUCAUGCGGGCGGACGACGACGUCUACAUUAAAGGUGAAAAACUGGAGGAGUUUCUUCGCUCACUGAACAGCAGUAAACCUCUGUAUUUGGGACAGACUGGACUGGGUAACAAUGAAGAACUUGGGAAGCUGGGGCUUGAGCCUGGAGAGAAUUUCUGCAUGGGAGGGCCUGGAAUGAUCUUCAGCCGGGAGGUCCUGAGGAGGAUGGUGCCACACAUAGGGCAGUGCCUUCGCGAGAUGUACACCACUCACGAGGAUGUGGAAGUGGGCAGGUGUGUCCGAAGAUUUGGAGGAACACAGUGUGUCUGGUCCUACGAGAUGCAGCAGUUGUUUCAUGAGAACUAUGAACACAGCCGCAAAGGUUAUAUUCAAGACCUUCACAACAGCAAAAUUCAUACAGCUAUCACACUGCAUCCAAACAAAAGGCCAGCCUACCAAUACAGGCUGCACAAUUACAUACUGAGCCGCAAAAUUUCCGAACUGCGCUAUCGGACCAUUCUUCUCCACAGGGAGCGUGCCAUCAUGAGCAAGCUCAGUAACAGCAAAGUAACUAAGGAAGAUCAGCAACUGGGAGUGAUGCCAUCUUUCAAUCAUUUCCAGCCACGUGAAAGAUCUGAAGUCAUCGAGUGGGAAUUCCUGACAGGAAAAUUUCUUUUCUCAGUGGUAGAGAGCCAACCACCUCGGCAGAGCGUGAGCAGUGUCCUGCGGGCUGCACUAGAUGACACUGUGAUGCAAGUCAUGGCAAUGAUAAAUGAGAACUCUAGGUCUAGAGGAAGGUUGAUUGAUUUCAAGGAAAUACAAUAUGGCUACCGCAGGGUGGACCCUAUGCAUGGAGUGGAGUACAUCCUGGAUUUACUACUGUUGUACAAAAGGCACAAAGGAAGGAAACUUACAGUUCCAGUGAGACGUCAUGCUUACCUUCAGCAACUAUUCAGCAAACCUUUCUUCAGAGAAGCAGAAGAACUAGAUGUAAGAAGCCUGCUGGAGGAUACCAAUGCUGAAACACAAUCUUUCUCUUUUCUUUCAAAUUCUUUAAAGUUUUUUUCUUCAUCAUCCCAAGGCAUCAAAGACAUUGUGGGACACAGUGACAAGAAAAUACAUAUUCUUGUCCCUCUUAUAGGAAGAUAUGACAUUUUCUCAAGAUUUAUGGAAAACUUUGAGAAGACUUGCCUGAUUCCCAGACAGAAUGUAAAGUUGGCAAUAAUUCUCUUCAGGUCCGAGUUAGGACAGGACUCCAGCAAACACAUAGAGCUGAUGAAAGAAUAUAGCAUUAAGUAUCCUAAGGCAGAUAUGACCCUGGUUCCUCUGGCAGGAAAGUUUUCCAGAGGUUUAGGUCUCGAAAUGGCCUCAUCCCAAUUUGACAAUGGCACUUUGCUGUUGUUCUGUGACGUUGAUCUGAUAUUCACACCAGAAUUCCUACAGAGGUGCAGAGAAAACACUAUUCAGGGAGAACAGGUUUACUACCCUAUCAUCUUCAGCCAGUAUGAUCCAGAAGUAGUAUAUGGAGGCAAUCCUCCAGCUGACAGUAGUUUUAUUUUCACAAAAAGAACUGGAUUUUGGAGGGAGUAUGGAUUUGGAAUUACCUGUAUUUACAAAAGUGAUCUACUUACUGCUGGUGGAUUUGAUACCUCAAUUCAAGGCUGGGGUCUUGAGGAUGUAGACCUCUAUACUAAAGUGAUAACAUCGGGCUUGAAGGCUUUCAGAAGUCAAGAAGUAGGAGUUGUUCAUAUUUUUCACCCAGUUCGGUGUGACCCCAGUUUAGAUCCAAAACAAUACAAAAUGUGCUUAGGUUCCAAAGCAAGUACAUUUGCUUCAACCAUGCAGCUUGCUGAACUCUGGCUAGAGAAACAUCUGGGUGUCAGAUACAAUCGAACUCUCUCCUGACAUCCCAACCCAUUUGGCCUUUUAAAAGGAGUUUACAUUAUUAUUUUAAUUAUGUUAUUUUGAUGUUGUAUUUUUAAACUCCCUUCUCAUUGUCUUCCAAAGACUGUUGACCUCAAACAAGAAGAGUCUGCUCUUCACUGAUGUUUCUUACACUUACUGAACUGAUUAGGUGAACUCGUUCAGACUUCCUUUAUUUGAAAAUCAAAUCAUGGCAAUCACAUGAUCCCAUGAAGCACAUCCAUCAUGAGAAACUGCAUCAGAAUAAUAUUCUUUUUGGCUUUAGGAUACAGUAUUAUCUUUGUUGUAUUUCUCAGACUUGAUGUGAUACAAAUAUUUAAUGGUGAAGGUACCACAAAAGUGCUUUAUGCUUCUUCUGGGGAUGGAACUCUGUUAGAUAAACUUGAGUUUUAUAAUUUAUAUGAGGACUUAUAUGUAUAAACACUACUUUUCUUCAUCUUUAGAAUUUUUAAAGUAAAAGAAUAACUAUGAUUGUACCUUUAUUUUUUAAAUGAGAGAAAAACUGAGGAGUUACUUGCAAAUGCAACUGGUACUGGCUACCAAGUUUCCUUAAACGUCUUAUUAGAAUAACAAACUCCUCAUCGUUGUUCACUUUAAGUGUAAAUGAAAUUUAUUUUCACAAGGAACAGAAUUUAAUCAAAUCCUCAAGUACACUUUAGGAGAUUUGUGAACCAAUGUCCUUCAUUUGCAGACAAGAAGCUAUGACAUAAUGUGGUCAUGAUAAAAUGCAGGCAAACAAUAUUCUUUUUUGAAACACAUAAUAUAAGUUGGUGUUUCUCUUUUUAGAAUGAAUCUGUAAUAUAUAAUUUUCUUUUUACAUUCCUUUCAUAAAGCUGCACUUGAUAAAGAGUGUUAGAAGUUAAAGCUGUAUCUUUUUUAUGUUUUCUGUGAAUAUUGCUACUCAGAAACUUUGUUGUUAAAAUUAAAAUAAUUGUAGAAUAAUUAUUUAAGUUUCAAAAUUUAUAAUUGCUGGUCAAAAUUCCUUGCCAAUAUAUUUAUAUUAGCAGAGGUUAUAAGACUGUGUUAAAAUCUAUCUCUCUGGACAGCCUGAUGUUGUCAUAUUACUGAUUUACGGAGUAAAGUAUUUAAAGUGAUACCAACUUAAGAAAUAAUGAAACCAACUUUUGUAUUUUAAAGAAAUGUUUAUAUGGGGAUCUAUAAAUGUGUGUGUGUAUGCGCGCGUGUGUGUGUGUAUGUCCCUAUAUAUAUAUAUAUAUAUAUAUAAAUAAUUUCAAAAGA